CCCACCGGGAGAUAGAGGUGGAGGGGAGGACAUUACAGCGCUAUCACAGGGGAGGCCACGGAGCCGCCUGGUCACCUGAUGCCCUAUGACCAGUACACCAUUGCCAUCCAUAGCUUGCCCCCGCCCCAGCAGCUGGCGUCCCCAGAUAAAGCAACCAGUCAACUCUUGCUGGAGACAGACUGGGAAUCCAUCCUGCAAAUAUGUGACAUGAUCCGUCAAGGAGAUACUCAAGCUAAAUACGCUGUGGGAGCCAUCAAGAAGAAAGUUAAUGACAAAAAUCCCCAUGUUGCUCUGUUUGCACUGGAGGUUCUGGAAUCUGUGGUGAAAAACUGUGGCCAAACCGUACAUGAUGAAGUUGCAAAUAAACAAACAAUGGAGGAGCUAAAAGAACUUCAAAAGCGGCAGGUGGAACCAAAUGUCCGCAACAAGAUCCUCUAUCUGAUCCAGGCUUGGGCUCACGCUUUCCGUAAUGAACCAAAGUAUAAGGUUGUGCAGGACACCUACCAAAUCAUGAAAGUAGAAGGUCACAACUUCCCUGAGUUCAAGGAGAGUGAUGCCAUGUUUGCAGCAGAGCGGGCUCCAGAUUGGGUUGAUGCUGAGGAGUGUCACCGCUGCCGUGUUCAGUUUGGUGUAGUCACACGAAAGCAUCACUGUAGGGCCUGUGGGCAGAUAUUCUGUGGAAAAUGCUCUUCCAAGUAUUCCACCAUCCCCAAGUUUGGUAUUGAGAAGGAAGUGCGUGUAUGUGAGCCCUGCUAUGAGCAGCUGAACAAGAAGGGUGAGGGAAAAGCCACCUCUACUGGUGAACUACCCCCUGAGUAUUUGACCAGCCCCCUAUCCCAACAAUCACAGAAACAGGCUGGAGAAGAGGAGCCGGCAGCUGCAGGGACAGAGCCUCCCAACAGAAAGAUGCCCCCUAAGAGAGAUGAAGCUGCACUGCAGGAGGAAGAGGAGCUGCAGCUGGCAAUUGCCUUGUCGCAAUCUGAGGCAGAGGAGAAGGAGAGGAUGCGACAUAAAAACACAUAUGGCAUGUAUCCAAAAGCAGACCCCACCCCUGUCACAUCCUCUGCUCCUCCAGCUAGUACUCUAUACUCUUCAGUUGUGAACUCUUCUGCUCCAUUUGCUGAAGAAAUUGACCCAGAGCUUGCCCGUUACCUGAACCGAAACUACUGGGAGAAGAAACAGGAGGAGGUCCGGAAGAGUCCCACCCCUUCUGCACCAGUACCUAUGAGUGAUCCUGUAGUUCAGGUAGCCGAGGUGCCACCAGUGAACAUGGUGAGCGUCAUGGAGCAGCAGUACCAGAACGGAGAGUCAGAAGAGAAUCAUGAGCAGUUCUUGAAGGCUCUGCAGAACGCAGUCACCACUUUUGUGAACCGCAUGAAGAGCAACCACAUGCGUGGCAGGAGCAUCACCAACGACUCUGCUGUUCUUUCCCUCUUCCAGUCUAUAAACAACAUGCACCCACAGCUUUUGGAACUGCUCAACCAGCUGGAUGAGAGGCGCUUAUACUAUGAGGGUUUGCAGGACAAGCUGGCCCAGAUCAGAGAUGCUCGGGGGGCACUGAAUGCACUACGUGAAGAGCACAGAGAAAAGCUGCAACGAGCAGCAGAGGAGGCAGAAAGACAAAGGCAGAUUCAGCUGGCACAGAAGCUAGAGAUAAUGAGGCAGAAGAAACAGGAAUAUCUGGAGAUGCAGCGCCAACUUGCCAUCCAACGCCUGCAGGAACAGGAAAAGGAGAGGCAGAUGCGGCUGGAGCAGCAGAAGCAGACAAUCCAGAUGAGAGCGCAGAUGCCUGCUUUCUCACUCCCUUAUGCACAGCUGCAGUCACUGCCUUCAUCUGGUAGUGUCAUGUACCCACCCUCAGGACCUAAUGCUUAUUCUGGCACCUUCAGUCCCUCUGGAUCAGUAGAAGGGUCUCCAAUGCAUGGAGUGUACAUGAACCAACCAGGGCAACCAAAUCCUACUCAAUAUUCUGCCAUGCCAGUACCUGGUACGGACCCCAAUAUGGUGAAUGCAUACAUGUACCCAGCAGGAUCUGCUCAAGCAGCUCAGCAGGGCCAGCCAGUGCCAACUACCAACCCAGCAUACACAUCCUACCAACCGACACCAACGCAACCCUACCAAAAUGUGCCCUCCCAGAGCCUACCUUCCGUGUCCCAGAAUCCUCCAGCCAGUGGGAUGACUUACAUGGGUACUCAAUCUGUCCCUUUGGGUUAUCAGCCUUAUAAUAUGCAGAACCUCAUGUCUAAUCUUCCCGGACAAGACCCAGCAAUGAGCAACAUGCCCUCCCAGCAACCUUUCCUAGGCGGACAGCAACCUAUGUAUCAACCAGUAAAUGCCAGUGGGUGCUGGUCAACAACAACCUCCACAGCAGCCAACAACACAUGGUCAGCAGGGGCCAGGUGGCAGUGAAGCCCAAUUAAUCUCUUUUGAUUGAUUCCAGGACUCGUCCCACCCUGCUAUACGGUCAUUCUGCUGCCACUCCCUACCAACUUGUAGCAUGUAUCCUCUAGCAGCACCACUGCAGUAAAACACUACAUUUAUGUAACUGCCUUGCUGUGCCUAAUGUCUGCUCGUUUCCUCUUCCAGAUCACCGGAGCUGGUUACUGCCAUGCUGCUUUCAACUAACAUUGUAAUGUAUUUGUAGCACACCUGUGAAUUAUAGUACUAUUUAUACUAAGUCUCUCUGCACAGUCACUGACUUCAUAGGUAGAAGAGAUCUACCACAAGAGAAUUAUUGGCAACCAGUAGUAUUUCAGUGGAAAUCAUGUUUAGAUCAUAAUUUGAUACAUUUUGUUUGAGUGCUUUUGUGUUCCUGUGUUAAGUCAAAAGGACAUUCCAUUUUGUCUACUGUAGUGCAUUGACUUGGCCAGUUUCAGGAAACUAUCUCUUACGCCGUGCCCUGCUCCGAUGCGCCACUGACAAUGGGCAUAACAUCUAGUAACUUUAAAAAGCAUAAACUCCCAUCCAAAGCCUUCAUUUUGCAAAUUAAUUUUGUAGUUUGUCACAAGACUGUAAGCCAUAUAUUAACAAACUAAUAUUUUGCUCAAAUUGUUAUAUUGUUGUUGACUGUAUAUUGACGUGAUGCAAUGCAUGUCACACAAUAACUGCAUCAGCACUUGUGUGACACAGACAAGUAAUAACACAAAUUGUUACUAUGUAUGUAUAAUACAGUCUUUGGCUAUUUUAUUCGUUUUAACAUAUAUGCUUUAGUCUAUGGACUAUUAUUAUUUAGUCGAAUUAUCUUCUUAAGUUCUGGAGCAUAUAGUUCUGUUUCAACAAAGCAUUUUACUUACCAAAGUGGGAUACGUGUGUUACAUGACCUGUCUGAUGAGAGGGAGGAAUCUAUUCAGUGUGUCGGCCAUGGUUGUUGGCUAUGUGUUUUGUUAGUGGUGGAGUUGCAGCUAACAUUUGCUUUCCUGCAUCUGUCCCUGUAUGAACAUCGGAAUCCAUAAAGACUGUCCUGGUGUAAAAUCUUACUGUGGGUUUGCAGAAUCCAACAUUGCUAAUCCAACAAUGUACAAUUAACGUUGAAGCCAAUCACUCAAUUGUUUGGCUUUUUAUUUGUUAAUUAAGAGUUUAGGCUAUUUUAAAUGUAUAUGAAAAAUCUGUAUGUUAAAUUUGUACUGCAAUUCCCUGUGUUGUGAUGGCAGUGAAGGUGUUAAUUUGAGCACUGGUAUGAUCUCGGGCUAACCUAUCAUUCCAGGUGUCCCUUGGCGUGUUUGGCUGCUUUAUGUGCUUGUAAACUGUGAAGGUCAGGACCAACUGUUUGCACCACAGGAUUGUUGCUUGUAUUAACCUAUUGGAUUAGUGACAAUAAACAAGUAUCAAACUUU